AUGCAGAUAGUUCCUAUAUCUUCCCUGUCGCCCUCGUCGGCACUCCCCACCGACUGCGGGUUCAAAGCACUGGUCACACUACUAUGGCCCUUCUCUUCAGCGACCGGACAAUGCGCCCUUCUCCUAGCCGACCCGGACGCGCGACAGCGAUAUCAAAAAGGCCAAGUACGCGUACGAUUCACCGGGCCCAGUGCACGUCAGAUAGCCACCUCUGGCAUCGGGAUUGGAGAUAGCGUGCAAGUCGCGCUCGUAGGCGCGCAAUGGUUGACCGAGUCCGAUACUGCCCUGGUGAAGACGCCUGGUAAAAGUGUAGACGGCGAGCUCAUGUUCAAGAAUCGACUGCAUAUGACUAUCGCACGAGGGGGAGAUGAGCUGAGCACAAUCAGCGUGGACGAGUCCAUUGAGCCUGCAUCCCCGAAGCCCAGUAUGCUACCGCCGAGUACACCCGUCGCACGAAACAAGCCGCGCACCUCUUUCGAUGUAUACGGAGUCGCUGUGUAUUCUUCUCCGGCCUUCAUGAAACGCCUGCACCUAUCAGAAGGAAGCACGCCAUACUCCCCCGUACCUGUUUCCGAAGACGACGACCUCGACACCCUCUCAUCGCGUAAGAGAAGGCGGGUUUCGUACAAAAAUGUUUCGGAAUGGAAGUUUGAUGCUCGAGAACCUUCGCCUGAGAAAGACCAAGACAAUACUAUGGAAGAUACAGAUGCAAAUGAUGUUAUGGUCGCUGCGACUACAGACUCAAACACGGAGACUGCAGAGGCCGAAGUGACCCAAGACACAACCAUGCAAGAUGCACUUGGAAACGCAAAAAGUUUGGACGGACAGAAUCAACACCCUGACUCCGAUGCACAGAGCUCAGAAGUGAUUACGGCACAACCGGCUGGAGAAACCACUGCGCUGGACUCCUCAGUGGACCUUACUGAGAACCUGUCGGCUGAGGUUGCUAGCCAACCAGAUCCAACACCCAAACCAUCCGACGUACACAAUAUUGAGGUAGGUGUGGCUCAAGCAGCGACCAGAGACCCUGAUGGAAGCAUCAAUAUCUCCGGACGGACAUCACAGGAACCACAGAGCUCUGAAGAAUCUCGGGAGAAGGAUGGAAUGCCUCCACAUUUGCCCCGUCUUAGUAUACUGCCAACCGAGAGCGAACUCCUGGAGCAGAUGGCACGUGCCAAUGACGUGGAUAGGCCCACAACUCCUGUCUUACAGCCUCUGCUCACCCAAGGGUUAUCUUUACCGUCACCCUUUCCGACUAGUGCUCGAAAGAUUCCUUCACCUAUCUUCUCGAACCCUGCGAAGGACUUGGAAGCUCCCAGACAAGCAGCGAAUCAGGAUACUGCGACGGAGAUUUUGAAUCCGUCGAAUGCUCCUCUUGAGGUACUAUCUCAGUUGUCGCCAAUUAUGGUAUCUCAAUCACAGCAGACGGCCGGCAAUGGCAUUGGGGAGGUACAGGAACCGGCCCAAGUGUCUGAGGAUGCUGCGCUGUCUUCCGACAUCCCACAACAGCAAGUCUCAAGUGAAUCAUCAGAAGCAGUCGUACAAAGCUCUCGCAUCGUUCCCGACACCUACGAUGGCCUCGCUGAAGAGACACCUGUCGUGCUAUCCUCCUCCGAUGAAAGUUCCGCCGAUGCAGUGUCCGACGAAAACAUGCAAUCCUCCAGUGAAGAGUCUGAGUUUGACGAGGCGUCAUCUGCAUACGACUCAGACCAGAUCGUAGCUUUACAGGAAGAGAGCGAUGACGAGGGUUACAUCGAAGAACCUGAUUGGGAUUAUUUGGAAAGUAAGCUUGAGCAGGAAGAUGCAGCUCUCCAAGAGUCAAGAGAAGAUCUGCCUGCCGGAAUUCGCGGACUUCUUGGAAAAGGUGAUGCUGUAAUGCACGACAGUGAUUCUGAGCUCGAUGAGGAAAUGUUGGCUAGGAGCGAUGACGAGUCUGACGAAGACUCCGAUGGAUCAGGCUACUUUGAUCGAGCCGUUAUGCCUGGUACUGAAGACGAUCACAGUGAAGACUCGGAAGUUGAAGUGAUGGAUUCAUCUUACCAGCCCUCGAUGCCCGAGAAUGCCAUGUAUAGCCAUCCAUUUGGCACCAAUGGUGCUCAACCUGUGAUAGAGACAAAAACUGCUUUACCCUCUGAGGCAGCAUCUGAGGAAGGCUCUGCAGGAAGUGAUGAGGUCGCGGCGUGGCGGGAUAGGGAUGCUGCCGUAGAGGUCCUUGAGCGGACCGUCAAAGCACCAUUUCAAGAUGCGCCGCCCCCUUCCUCAUCCAGACUCGAUGUCGUGGAGCUACUUGACGACUCUGAGUCAGAGGAAGAAGAUGCGGACGUCAGCUCUCCUUCACAGCCUGUCCGUGUCACAAUCGAUUUCUUACCUUCUAUCAACCUGGUCAACCAGUGGCUCGACAACAAAGAGAAGGAUGCGCAUCUUGAACUCACUGGACCGGUUACUGCUCAGAUACGCUCAGAAAUUAAGCGUAUAUCUGACCAGGCAGGUGGUCAGAGCACUAAGUGGACCAAGUUCAACGCGCUGAAGACGAUCUGCAAGAUCGGGGGCAACGUAGUAGUCGCUGCAGAUCAGGGUAACAUGUUUGCAGAAGGCGUCAAAUAUCGGCUGAAAGAGGAUGAAGUACUCGUCAAUGCCUGUUGGAGGAUCUACCACGAGCUUGCCGAUCAAGACAAGUUUCGCACGAACCAGGCGCCGGACAUGCUUGAACAUCUCCAGGAACUUGAAGAGAAGCGAGACUAUUGUUUCGAAGGCUUCUCGGAUUUCUUGAAGGAGUUCAAGAAGAACUAUCGUAAUAUGCCUCUACAGCCUCAACAGCAGCAGCAGCCUCCGCAAGCUCCUCUGAUCCCCGAUUCCGAGAUACAAAGCACUCUGGGGGAGACAGUACAGCCUGCUGUAGGAGAUGCAAGCACCGAACAGAGUUCUGGGACCCACGAAGCUGUCGAUCAGGUCGAUCAGGUCGACCCGGCUUUGGCUGAUGUCAAACGCGGCAUAGAACGGCCUUCCAGUCCCGCUGUUGUAGGCUUCACAAUCAAACCGACUGUUAUCACUGUAGCACCGCAAACGGCUUCAAAAGAACAAGCAAUGGUGGAGGCUAUUAUGGACACCACAAUGCAUCCGCAAGCACCCGGAGCACAAGACGGGCCCUCAGAUGCAGGAGAGAAAAGCCCUCCUCAGGCUCAGUCUUCUGGCGAAGACGUGGAAGCUCAAUCUGAGGAUAGCAGGGAGGUGUGUGAAGAGGCAGACUCAGACUUGGAAUCUGUCGAGUCUGUUCAGAGCAUGAUGGACGAGCAUGAAAUCGAUCCAGCCUUGCUAAGCGGCGAACACGAGAUUGAUCCCACGCUCGAUGAUGAUGGUCAAAGCAGUCCUACAGAAGCAUCGAUGUACGAGAUUGAUCCCGCGUUCUCACAAGAAGAACAUGAGAUCGACCCAGCUCUUCUCGCAGAUGGCCACUACGGCGUGCCGUCAAACAGCAAUUCCCUAAUGGAUGUUGACGAACCGAUGUCUGACAUUCCAGAGUCUGAAGCUUCUCCGUUCGCCGAUGAUGCCGAUGUAAUUCAAUCGAGUGUACGAGAGGACGAAUUGACGGCAGAAGGACUCUCCGCUGCUCAAGAUCGUGAGACAUCUCAAACUGUAGGAACCCCUAUGAAACCGGAAAUUCAACCAAGUGUGGAGGUCGACCCUGAGCUUCUUAGAGACUCGGAGGUGGAGAUGAUCCAAACACAGCCUCCUCUUACAGUGGUAUCUGGAACAGAAGAUUUACAGCAGGUCAAGGAAGAGCUUAGACCGCUGUCGAGUUCCAGCUUCAAAACCAUCAGUCCGUCGCCCAACGUGGUCGAAAUUCCAGCUGUCGAAGCCAGCGCCUCUACAAUACCGCAGGACAGUGUGCGUGCUGCAUCGCAAGAGUCUGAUCAAUCUAUCGAGGAGCUCGACCUGUCCCAAGUCGAGCCUGCUUGGACAUCCCGCUUAUCACAACUUUCUCAACCGCGAUCUUCCCGUGCACACACCAGAAGCGAGACAAUCCCUGACAGUGCGGAUGAGGAUGCCACAGAUCUGGUUGCUGAACGUAGUGAUGCGCCUAGCAACAAUUCUAGCCCAGAACCUGCAGUGCAAGUCUCGCCACUGCAAACGACUCAAAAGCUAUUGAAGGAGAGUAUAGUACAGCCAUCGCAGGAGUUGGGUACUACUCUCUCGCAAUUCGCAAAGCAGUCGCAUGGGUCUUCAGGCUUACAGUCGCAGCUUCCUGCAAUUGAGGACACGGCAUCACCCGAUGAAAAAGAAACCGCGGAUGAAAUUAGAUCACUGGUCGGCCUUGACGAUGAGUUGCUCGCAGAUUAUGUGCAAGAUGUUCCGCAAUCCGAAGCAGCUGCACUAUCAUCCGGAUUACAAUCAGUUGAGCCAGGAUUAUCAAGUCCCGCAAGCACGAAGAAGCCAGCAAGACCUCUUACGUUGUUCAGAGGACGGAAGUCGAUUGACUUGAGAGCAUCUGUCGGAGGAGAUGAGCUGCAAGCUCACGGACUUAGGCAACCGCAUAGCGAGAACGAGUUGGAACAGCAGGAUCGAGACAAUGAGCAGACGAUGGAAGAGGCCCAGCCCCAGCUUGCCGCCGAUGAAGAGAUGCACGGUGUACUCUCUCGCGACUCGGAAGCCUCUGUAGCGGCUCAAGCAGUGACGGGAGGUACAUCCCCAGGCGGAGGGCAGGUUCAAAAUCCGAUUGCUCCAAGUUUGGUACCCGCGGCUCCGGAAAUCUCGCAAGUCCAAACGCAAGCUGCAGCAACCGUGCAGGAGACGACAGAGAAUCUCGCAGAAGCUCGAGAAUUUGCCAUUGGGCAACCACAGAUUUCCGAGACAGAGCAUGCUGCAAGUAACUUCCAGAUCAAACCAACUCUCAAGCCAUUUGCCGAGGUCGAAGCAUCUCUCUUUGGUACACCCCUCAAAGGCAAAGCUGUCACGCCUCAGGAACCACAAUCCGCACCAUCACAAACCUGGCGUAAUACGCUGAGUUCCAAAAUUAGUGAGGUGCCUGUCAUAGGCUCGUGGUUCACUCCCCGCCGGACAACCGUCGCGCCAGAAGCGGUCACUGAAGUCAAAGUCACCACCUCCAGUAACUCAAUCUUCGACAAGACGCCUACAAAGCCUGCAGCCGCAUCAAUGGUCAAGCAAACUUCUCUUGAUAGAUCAAUCUCGCCGCCACCGCUUCAGCGCUAUGCGUCACAAGGCACUUCAACUGCCCUUUCUUACUUCACGCCGCUAGCUGCUCUCCACGAGCACCUUAAUCAGCAAUCAUCUCUGAUCGAUUUAGUGGCUGUUUGUACGACUUUCAACACCACAGCAGAGCGCGCCAAAUCUGGUCCUAAAGACUACUACACAACAUUCAGAAUCGUGGACCAGCCUCUCCACGACUACAACGUUACUUCCCAAGGCAAGUCAGAAGUCCCAGAAGUGAAGGACGUCGGAGUAGAGAUCUUCCGUCCCUUCAAGCAGAGUCUGCCCAAAGCUUCUCCAGGGGACGUAGUCUUGCUUCGAGGCUUUGUAGUCAGAUCUCGCGGCCAUAAGAAUUAUCUCCUGUCUACUGCUGCUAGUGGAUGGUGUGUUUGGCGAUAUGACAAAUCUGUGUCCACGGCUCUAGACUACGACGGCCCAGCCGAGGAGGACGACAGACCAGUCUGGGCUCGCAAGGGCACUAGUCAGAGAGUGGGUGAAGAUGGUGUUCGAGAAGAGAUGACCGGUCCACCGGUGGAGAUCGGAGAUGAGGAGAGAGAAAAAGUGACGAUGGUCAGGACAUGGUGGGAAGAACUUCAGAAGGACAACAAUGAACAGGAGAAAGAGGAGCAUGAUGUGAUCAUGAUUGAUUAG